UGGAAAUGGAACGCCCGUCACCAGAAAAAGCCCUGGUGAGGCGCGGAAUGAGUUUCUUCUUCUGUGUAGUCUGCUUCCUUCAAUCCGGAAGAUUCUUGCAGAACUUGGCGGAGUGUGUGUCACAAGGGUAAAGUACAUGUGCCAAAUAUAUACAUGGUGUAAGUAAAAACAGAUAUGGAUCUAGCUGUUGUUGCCUUUCGUCAGUUGCAGAUGAAAGGCUUUGGUUGAUGGUGCUGUCACAACAUUUACUGGGAGAGUGUUCCACAUCUUGAUGGUUCUGGGGAAGAAGGAGCAUUGAUGUUGUUGGGUCCGUGAUUGUGGCAUGAGAUAUCCUUGAGUGUGAACAGCUCUUGUUGAUCUAUACCUCAAGUGAUGUUCGUGCAGGCUCCACUCUACUUCACUACCGCUACACUACGCUACACCUACCUGAACCUCAAGGUCCAAAACUCGCUCUGAUAGUGAUACUCCGAGUGGCAAUUGUGGGAAAAAAUGCAUAUUUAAUGUAAAAAUUGAUGUCGAAACGGCAUGAAAAAAUAAUAAAAGCUUAAUUACUUACUUUACACCCUAAUUUCACUCCAUAUCCAUCCUCUGGUUAGCCUCAAAAUCGGUGAUUAAGAGCCAACAUCAAGUUCCUCACACGUAUUAAUAAUUCGCUGCCGAUUUCAAAACAUCGCAUGCGCCCCUUAACAAUACUUGUUAAGGGGCGCAUUUUCAGAACAUUACUUGUUUCAGGUGCUGUUCGAAACCCCAUGGUCACGCUUGAUAUCCACUUGUCAAUGGAAUUUCAGGUUGAAAUCAUUACCUGCAUGUUCUUCUGCACAUGAAAUCUGCCUUACACUGUGAGCUGAAAUUAAAUAUGAGCUAAUUUUCUCUCUUUUUUGUAUGGUAGCCUUGAUGGAAACUUGGAAAAUUUCCUUUCAUUUUAUCUCGUUGUACUCCUUAUGCAAGAGAGGGAUGCAUGCGUAUAUUCGGGGAGGGGCAUUCCCCUCUUUCUUCUCCAUUUUCUCUUUUUUUUUUCCUUUUCUUUCUUAUCUCUUUCUUUCUCUUCUAUUUUCCCCCUUUUUUAAUUUCCCUCUUCUUUCCCUCUCUUUCCUUCCCUUUUUUCUGGCGCCCCCCUUUUCUCCUACCCAGGGGAUCCGGGCCCCGAAAGCCCCUUCCCCCGAAUACGCACAUAUCGAUAUUCUGGAUGCAAAAAUUCUAAUUUUAAACUGGAUUAAUUGACUACUACCUUUGAAUUUUUAAAGUUUUCUUUAUCUCUAGAAAACAUUGGGUAAAAUUUAUAUUUUUAUAAGGUAAAUUUUAGUUUUUCCAACACAAAGUUUAACUGAAAACACAACCAGGAAAUGCUUCUCUUGGCAUCUUGAAGCAAGUUGCUCGCUGCACGUGCUUUGCACUCACAUUCUCAUAGAAAUAUCGCAUUUCAGAUUUUUUUCAGAUUAUUUUUUAACCUUCACUCACAGGCCUGGUUAUAGGAAGGCACCAGCAGAGCUGACUAAGACUUGAAGAUGGGAUCUUUGUUUAGAGGAGAGAAGAUGUGCUUGGCUCAGCUGUUUGUACAGUCUGAGGCAGCAUACUCAUGCGUAUCAGAAUUAGGAGAAUUGGGACUAGUCCAGUUCAGAGAUCUCAACCCUAAUGUGAGUGCCUUCCACCGGAAAUUUGUUAGUGAGGUACGUCGCUGUGAUGAAAUGGAACGAAAAAUACGUUACAUUGAGAAGGAAGUGAAGGUGGCUGGUGUCAAAAUUCAAGAGAAUCUUUCAUUCAUCCCAGCUCCUCUACCAAAGGCCAUGAUUGAUCUAGAGGCAGCGUGUGAGAAGACUGAGAAUGAGCUCCGUGAAGUAAACCAGAGCAAUGAAGUCCUUCAAAGAAACUAUUUAGAGCUAAAGGAACAUCAAUGUGUGUUGGAGAAUGCUAAGGAUUUCUUUGCCCAUGUCCAUCUUCAUGAUGAAGGAGGUCAAUAUCAGAGACUUCUGGAUGAGGAAGUUGGUACAGGAUCUACUAGAGACAAUAACACUCUAGAUUUCAUUGCUGGGGUGAUAGAGAGAGAGCGUGUUCCAGCAUUUGAGCAGAUGUUAUGGAGAGUUUCAAGAGGGAAUGUCUUCCUUCGGUAUAGUGAGAUCCUUGAACCUUUCACUGAUCCAGUCACGGGCAAUGAGAUACACAAGUUUGUUUUCAUCUUGUUCUAUCAAGGAAGCCAGCUUGGUAUGAGAGUGAAGAGAAUCUGUGAAGGGUUCCGUGCUUCACAAUACCCAUGUCCAGAAGACUUUAAUGAAAGAAAUGAAAUGUCAACAGGGAUUGCAACUCGACUUCAAGAUCUACAAAUUGUUUUGGCUCAGAUGGAUGAUCAUCGUCAGCGAUUGCUUGCUUCCGCUGCAGUCAACUUAUCUUCUUGGUUUAUUAAAGUACGGAAGCUGAAGGCCAUCUAUCAUACCCUCAACAUGUUUAACUUUGAUGUGACAAGCCGAUGUCUAAUUGGUGAAUGUUGGUGUCCAGCCGAUGAACUGGGGGACAUUAGAUUAGCAUUGCAGCGUGGAACACAAAAGAGUGGCUCCUCCGUUCCAUCCAUUUUGAAUCGUAUCUCAACAAACGCCAGCCCUCCUACUUAUAACAAGACUAACAAGUUCACUCUAGGGUUUCAGGAGUUGACUGAUGCAUAUGGAGUAGCUACCUAUAGGGAGGUUAAUCCUGCGCCCUUUACCAUCAUUACGUUCCCAUUCCUGUUUGGUGUGAUGUUUGGUGAUGCAGGCCAUGGAUUACUCUUAGCAAUGUUUGGACUCUGGCUCAUUAUAAAGGAGAAGAAAUUGAAAUACAGCAUGGGCAAUGAUGAUAUGUUUGGACCAAUCUAUGCAGGGCGUUAUAUGGUCUUUUUGAUGGGUCUCUUCUCCAUGUAUGGUGGAUUGAUAUACAAUGAUUGCUUCUCAAAGUCACUCAACAUAUUUGGUUCUUCUUGGACAGCCAAUGGAACUGAAUGCCUAAAAGACUUUGAUCCACAAUCAACAAAGCAAGCAAUGCUAGAUCCAAAGUACUGCUACAGUGGUGUACCAUAUCCAUUUGGUCUUGAUCCUGUAUGGCAGAUUGCUCCAGGAAAUAAACUGAAUUUUAUCAACUCUCUGAAGAUGCGUCUCUCAGUUAUUCUUGGUAUUAUGCAGAUGACAUUUGGUGUUCUACUUAGCUCUGUUAAUCAUGUUAUCAAUGGCCAAGUGCAUCGUCUUUUCCUGGAGUUUAUACCGCAGAUCAUCUUUAUGGUAGCCAUCUUUGGUUAUCUUGUCUUCCUCAUCUUCUUUAAAUGGUUUGCUUUUGGACCAUUGAACUCAGAAAAAGCCCCUAAUCUCAUCAAUGUACUCAUCUACAUGUUUCAGCUCCAGGUCCCUGAACCACCCAUGUACUCACACCAAAAAUUGGUUCAGAUGAUUCUACUGGCAUUGUCAUUAGUGUGUGUACCUUGGAUGCUUCUAGGAACCCCUAUCUACCAUUAUAUCAAACACAGACUUGCUGAAAAAAUCAGAAGCAAUGGUUAUAUGCCUUUGCCAACUAGUGACUCUGUGAAUGUUGAUGGAGGUGAUUUUCAGGUAUUACAGCCUGUUCCUAAUAAUGAGAAUGAAGGUCCAUCUACAUCCAGUCUAUCACAGUCUUUUAAUGAUAGUGUGUUUGAAGAAUCACUUCAUGAAGAAGAAAAGUUUGACAUGGGUGAGAUCUUUACUUUACAAGCAAUCCAUACAAUUGAGUACUGCCUUGGUUGUGUAUCUAACACAGCAUCUUAUCUCCGUCUUUGGGCUCUCAGUCUAGCACAUGCAGAGUUAUCAGAAGUACUUUGGAAAAUGGUGAUGAAGAAUGGUUGGUUCCUGGAUUCCAUGUUUUCUGAUAAAAGUGGUGCCAUGGUGUAUGUGUCUGCUAUAGCCGGUGGAUUCAACUUGUUUUUUGUAUUUGCUGCCUGGGCUGCUAUGACUGUUGCUAUACUGCUAAUGAUGGAGGGGCUUUCAGCAUUCUUACACACAUUGCGAUUACAUUGGAUUGAAUUUCAGAACAAGUUCUACAAGGGAGAGGGUUAUGCCUUUAUUCCAUUCAGUCUUGCCAAUGUGGAAGCAGAUGAAUAGUACAUUUUCUGGUUUAUACUCCAAUCUCAUCUACUUAAGGAUGUUACAGUUACACUUUAAUCUAGUCUCUCAUCAAAUCAGCUAAAAUGAAUUUGAUAAUUUUUUCAAUGCUGUUUUUCACUUGUUAUAACCAUGAUUUGUACAGAUUUAAGGUGCAGUAUAUCACUUAAUGAUGGGAAUGUCAUAUAUCAACACUCACAUGGUAUAUUUCAUGUCCUUCACUCCAUAAAUAUUCUAUGUACCAUUUCUUAACAUGCUUAUUGGUGUUACUUCAUACUUUUCUGCAUGGUAUUCAGUUUCAAGACUGAUUAAAGCCAAGUGAAAGUAACUGGUGUAGUAACUGGCAAAACACUUUGAAUUCUAAAUAUUUUAUUUUUUAUAGUAGAUUUGUUACAUUGUUUUGAUUUUACAACAGAUAAGAUGAAAUACAAGAGCAAUAAUCAAGAGACCUGUAAAAGAAGUGCCAUAUUAUCAUGAGAAUAUGUCACUAUCAGCAAGUCCAUUCUAUGAGCAAAUAAGAUUUGAAAAAUGAAGAAAGUACUGUUGUCACAUGACUGUGGAUGAAAUACAUAGGAAAGACACUGAGUAGAAAUGUAGAUUAGUUUCUAAAGAUCUAUUACAUUUGUAUUUAAUGUAUCGUGUGUAUGUUAUUUGAAUCAGUUUUUGAGAGAUAGGAAUCAAUUCACUAUUUUCAGGAGAAAGACUAGGCGCUCCAAACUAUUCCAUAUGUCUGCAGUCAUUUAGAAUUUGUGAAACAUUUCAAAUAUUUUUUAUUUGAAAUACAUGGUGAUUUUUCUUUCAUGAAAUUGUUUUGAAAUUAGCUGGAAUUAAUCUGAAAAUAUUGUAAAACUUGUAAAUGAUAUGAAUAUAACUCAGCAAAUUUUAUAUUAUUAAUUUAAUUGUCUAAUAAGGCAAACAAAUGUUUAUGUAGAUUUAUUUUCUCAUUGCCAUAGGUGAUCGGUUGUUGACAUACAUGUUACAUAUUUUUUUUUUUUUUAAUAUUAAAUGCAUCUUGUAUAAUCAGGAUUAUUCAAUUUUUGUUCAUGUAUCUAAAUGCAACACAUUCUCAAGUGACCUGGACUUUGAUCUUGUGACAUUUGUUCCGGUCUUCAUUUUUUUACAGACAAGGGUUUGUAGUUUACAUUUCGAUGAGGUUUUAGUUCAGAAUCAUUUGAUGAUUAGAACUUGGGUUAGGGUUGGGUUAGAGGUUAGGUUUUAUUGUUUGGUGUAAUUUGCUAAUUUUUCAAGAUUGUCACAGAAGCAAAUACCUUGGAAUAGCUCAAUGAAAUAUUAAGUGUAUACAUCUAAGAAAACCGAAUGAAGUUGUGUUUGUUUUACAAAAAAAUAUACAGUUCUAUUGUAAGUUUCAUGCAACUGUAGACUAGUACUGUUGAAAGAAAUAAUAGGCGAUAAUUGGAAGAUGCAUGGGCUUAGAACUCUUUUUAUCCUGAAUUCAGGUAGAAUUUUGUUAUAAGAAAUGGGAUGACUAAGUCAUAGCAAAGUCUGCCUAGCAUGGUAGACACACUAAUGUAUGGAUGUCUAAUGCAGAUUUUGUUAAAUUUGAAUUGUCAUUGAUGACCAGAGAGAAUAAAUCUAAUUGUGUUCUUAUAUCAGUUGUAUUCUAGAAUUUACAUGGCAGUACACCUAGAUCAUCAAAAGAAAAAAUAAAAGAGUAUCACAUUAAA